AUGACGACGGACAUUGCAAAGGGUUUCCAACAAACAGAAGGCCUACAUAGCUGGAAUGACCAUUCUGGUUCCCUCGGUCACCAGCAGAGAUACUUAGAAAAACUACAAAAACACAAAACAGACAUUUUAGCAUAUGAUCAUGAAUAUCAAAAGGAAUUUGGUAGAAGAGUUGCCAGUUUUCAAAAAUCGAGACGAGGUGAUAACCAUUUGGGUUCUUUAAGCACAUCCGAUUCUAGGAAAACAAGUCGAAUGAUAAAACAUCAACCAUUUUUUCAAAUUGAAAUGUCGCAGACUCCAAGACAUGCGCAAGAACAUUUGAAAUUACCACGUGACCCACGUUACUAUGCUGUGAAUAAACGUCACGUAAGAACUGAGAGACUGCAACCAAUUUCAAAAAAGAGAAAAUGUCGAGAAACAAAGUACUCGGACGACAUAUUAAAAUCUCAGUUACAAAGACUAGAUACACGUGCAGAUCACCAGACGUUCGAGGGAACAGUUCAUAUCCUGCCAAAUAUCUCACAUACUCCACGAAAUACACCAAUAUCAACUGGUAAUAUUGGCUACACCACGCUUCAUAGACUUUCCACUAGAUUUUCCAGGGACUCAAGUCCAUCAAAAUCGCCUUUGAAAGAACAGUUAUCACCAAAAUCGCCAUUGUUACAAAGGGAGAAAACUGAUUUCGAACCUUUUGAAGCAAUUAUUGAGCGGAAUCAGUUGAAUAUCGAUGAUUAUUUUAAAUUGAAUGAUGAUAUUUCUGAUUCUGAUGACGAGAAAUCGAGGUAUUAG